UCUGACUUGAUCCAAUAUAAUCAUGGUUUACUCUGAGGAAUACAAUGUGGAUUUGACGCAGAUUCCUCUCCGCAGCCACCAAGAAUCAUCAGGAGAGACUCCAGAUUUCUAUGUGAUAUUCUUCGAAACCCUAGACGCAACCGCGAGUUACCGUCAUUUACCGUGCGAACAUCUUCUACACCAGCCCUGUAUUGACCACUGGUUAUGCAGUCGAGAUACAAGCUGCCCGCUGUGUCGGCGGGGUUCUUAUCAUCUGCGCCAACGUCGAAAACAAUCGAGCAGCUCUAUUGAUCCGAUAAAUACAAUACUAUGUAUACCACCUCCGCCAAGGCGCAAUGCGAGUAAUGGAAGAUUGAAUUCAUUGAAAUCAUGGUGCAAACAGAAGUUGAGAAGACAUGACCAGUUGUCCACAGAUACGGUUGCUGGACAAUAGCUGUGGCUAUGAUAAAAAGAGCCCGAUAUCGGCUACUACCUUGACAGGUCUUUAGAGACGCUCAGUGUGAAACAGCGGGAUCCUGGUCAGUCAACCAUGUUGUACGAGCACGAGCACGAGCAUGUUGGCUGGGAAAGAGCACCGAGCGGUUGGGAUCUGGUGUUAGCUGGUGUUAGCGGGUGAUGCAUAUUUCAUAGUUUUGUUUUAUCUUUAAAUUUGCACCACUGUUUGGAUACCACACCUUCUUAUGUGAGAUGAUAACUUGUAUAGCUUCAGAGUUUCCUAUCUAGGCAUUCCUCAGAACGGCAGAAUAUAGAUUACCUUUUGGCUCACUC